GGAAACUACAGAAAGAGUUGUCCCAAAGUCCUCACAGUUGACUUUGAACCUCUUGUGUUGUUAACUCUUGGCUGAGUUUUGCUUCUGCAAACGUACGGACCGGUCAGCUUGUGAGAGUGAGGAAAGGCAAAGCAGGGAAUCAGAAACGGCACCCGCCUUCUCACUGCAUCCCAUUCUGGCAUCUGCAAAAAGGACACAAUCACCUUUUGUCAUUAAGCAACACCGAUCGGAAAAGAAACAUGAAUAGGCUCACGAUGGAUUUUUGGAGACGGGUUUUUAAGAAGCAGAUGAAUGAGGUGAAGCCAAAUGAUAUAUGGAGGCUGACAAUGGAUCACAGGAUUGAAUUCCGCAGCGUGGAACCUGGGUGGAUGGAAACAUUUCAGGAGCAUGCUCAUGGAAGAUUUAUCUGUUCCGAAUGCUCCCACAGCUGGUCCUCGCACCAAGUUCUUAUCUUGUUCCACAUGCAAUGGGAGAGUUCUGAGAGGCGAGGACACGUCAAGAUGAAGCCUUUUGGUCAACGGUGCCACGAAUGCUCUCUGGACACGUACGAAAGGCCACAGUUCUCCGAGGGCGACGUUGAUGACAUCUUGAAAGACUUGAUCCUUGACAUCAGGGAGAAUUGCUAUGGGGAGCAGGUUGACCGCAGCCAGCUCUCCAAGGUGGUCUGUCAUGAGGGUGGUCCGCAUAUGCGUGAGUUUUGUGAAGGGUGCCAGCUGGGAAUCCACAAAGGGCAACACGGGCGGUCAAAGCAAGCAGAGCACCAUUGGAGACCCCAAAGCACAGGGUAUCCGCCGGCCAUUAUACAGAUAGAAACACCAAGCCCAUCAUUCCCCAGGCCCUCGAUCCCAUCAUUCACAUGGUCCCUUGCCCCAUCAAUCACAGGGUCCUCAGCCCCAUCAAUCACAGGGUCCUCAGCCCCAUCAAUCACAGGGUCCUCAGCCCCAUCAUUCACAGGGUCCUCAGUCGCAACACAGAGUUGCAAUUACUUUAUUUGGUUUAUAAUUCUAAUUAUAGCAGUAUUUAUAAUUUCAAUUAUAAUUUUCAUUGUCUAUAUGAUUAACAUUGCCUAACUGGUUCUGGUG